UUAUUGCAUGAGAAGAAAACAUUUAUAUCAGUGUAUAGGAAGUAAAGAUUACUCAUAAAAUGGGAUUUGAUUAAAGUAUAUGUUCUGCUUAUGAUACGUCAAUGAUGCUUCUCCGUAAAAAAGCAUAAAUCAAUAACAAUACAAACUUUGUUAGACUCAUGAUCUGUCUUUGAAUAAACAGAAAAAGAAUAAAUUUACUAACCAUUUUUCAUUUCCACAUUUUCUCUUAAUAACUGGCCGUUUCAUGCACAAAACAAUUCUGGACCAUUUACCAAUGCACUUAUUUAUUCAGUCUGUCUUCUCUGAAUUACACACAAGAACCAUAGCAUCUAACGAAGAUGAGUUCUUCAAUUGAUCUUGAAAGCGACAGAAGAGACCAUUUUGAAUUGUCAUUAUCGGGCAGCAAACAAUUUAACAGAAGCAGUAAAACUAUUUGUGCAAUAUGCUUGGACAAAUACCAGAAAAACCCAAAAUAUUUACAAUGCUUGCAUGCGUUCUGUGAACAACCAUGCCUACAGCGUCUGCUUGACAGAUCGGAGAACAACAUCUUCAAGUGUCCCUUAUGUCGACGAAGUUAUAAUGUGCUGACCUUUGAAUGUGUAGCUUCCGAGUCUGAUCCUCUGCUUGGCGAAAGAACAGAGCAAAGUACAGAGUCGAAUACAUGUGAACGAUUUUACACUUUAAGCGUUUUAGUUGCUGUGUUUCAUUUUUGCAUCAUUAGCGUUGCUAGGAAUAGUAUUAGGUAAAUAUACCAGAAUUUUGAUAAGCUUUCACAAACAUUACAUUAUUCAAUAUUUAUACGACAAAUAAAUUCCCCUUGCUGCGAUUGGUCGAGACACAAUCUCAUUUAUAACGAACAUUGAAAUGACAUAAAGGUCGACUCGAAGUGAUGUUCAUCUAAAUAGAGGGUAUUGAAUAAGUGAAGGAUCAAUAGAAAAUUUAUUUAACGAGUUGAAUAGAAUUAUAUUAUCCCUACUGGCGAGCUUAAUAUUAUUUUAUUUAACAAGUUUAAUAAAUUUCAGUAAUGAAUCUACACGGCUAUAAUAUUUUAAUGUAUCACAUACCCAAAAAGUGAAAAAGAAACAUAUUGCAUUGAGACGCCUACAGUAAGCGCUCAUUACGAUAUGUUUGUUAAACUCAAAUCAUGUGUAAAUAUAUAUUACCAUUUUUACGGAGUCGCAAAAGCGGCAGGGGUAUGUGACAAACAACUUUAAGUCAUUAAGCGUGACAGAAAAUUUUACCGUCCCUUCAUAUGAUGACUUUACGAUAAAUAGGAACUAGGCAACUCUUCCUAUUGUGAUCAAUUAUUGUGGUGAAAGCUCGAAACUUCUUUGAAACCUUUAGAACUACCCAGCACUAGUGUCAUAUGAGGCACGUAGGUAUUGGCACUAUAAGGAAUCGAACCAACGAUAAAUAUGUUGAAAAGCAGAUAUAUUAACCACUUGGUCACAGUUUCCUUACGAAUUGACAGUGUAAUUCAAAAUCAACGGUAGUUCAUGUAAUUUUGUUGUUUAAAUGCAAACGAAGCAGAAAUUAAUGCUCGGUGUAUAUAAUGAAACACGAUUACAUUUGUAUCAUUUUCUGUUAUAUGCAGGGUCUUAUUUUCAUGAAUGUAAAGAGCUAUUGUAUGCUUAUCAAAUUGCGAAAGGGUUGAUAGACAUUUUCAUUGCACUGUCAUACUGCAAAAAUCAAACAGGAGUAUGCACUUCAAUUCUGUUGGUCGUUUCAAUCAUUGGGCUUAUAUUAGGUACUAUGGAAGCCUGGGAGACAACAGAAGACGACAGUCAAUGUCAAUUUCUAAUAGUAUUUUCCCGCUAUUACGUUGUUGCCGACGGCAUUAUGAUCUUAUUCAUCUUCAGUUGUGCAGGAUGUCGAUCGGAAGACCUUUACGAUUAAUCACAAUAAUCUUGGACUUAAUACAGGUGUUAACCAAACAAUACUGUAUGAUGAAUAUGUAUAUUUGAAAUUUUUCAAAGGAAAAUAAAGUCUAGUUCGUUAAAAUCAUUAUUCAAAAAUAUGUGUGACCAUUAUUCAAUUAUAACCUAAUAAAUGUCAAUAGAUAUCGGUUUAAUAAGUAAAAUGUAUAUAAACACGAGUAUAUAAAUUGCUUAUAUCUAUGAAUAUACAUAAUUUAGGUCGACUUUGACAUGAUAAAUCGGAAUAAACGUAGUCAAUCAACUUA